AUGAAUUCUCAGGCACGGAAAAAGGCCAUUAUCAAGGGUCCCGGGCGUUACAGGCUGGAGUUUCCGGGAGGAUUGAGGGUUAUAGAAUACAAGUCGCAGACAUUCUUCCAGAUGUCUUGGGCACAGUAUGGGCAGGAUGUCUACUUAUACCAUCUUCUCAAGGAAAGGAACAACGGAUUCUUUGUUGAAGCUGGUGCCUUUGAUGGAGAAAAGUUUUCUAAUACGCUUUAUUUGGAAAUAAUGAGAAACUGGGAAGGUGUAUUGGUUGAACCAAACCCAUACAUAUUUAAAGACCUGGUAUCAAAAGGAAGAAAGUCGUACAUGUUGAAUGCAUGCCUUGGAAACGAUACCAAACUCGAAUUUUUACUUGGUAAUUGGCUAACUAGUGCACAUAAAGUGCUGAAUGAUGAACACAAGGACCGAAUAGAUAGCAUAACGCUAUAUAACGAGGAGAAUUAUAAGUCAUUGCGACAGAAACAACACGAUGGGGAAAACGUCACUGUGUUCUGCUACUCUCUCUUCGAAAUACUAAACUCUGUUGGUAGGAGUCACGUGGACUUCUUUUCCUUGGACGUUGAAGGAGCGGAGUUGUAUAUCUUGCAGUCACUCGACUGGGACAAACUUACAAUAGAUGUUUUUGCCGUGGAAACGUAUUAUAACCGGGAAAAAAUAAUGGAUUUCUUAAUCAAGAAAGGUUACAAGUGGGUGCAUAAAAUUGAAUUGGACGAUUUUUUCAUACGAACAGAUCUAAUUCUUUAA